CGGCGUGGGCGGAAAGACAGGCACCUCCUCUGCGAGUCCACCGAGGCGGCGGCGCCCGGCGACCAGGCCGCUUUAAGCGCAGGCCCCGCCCCGGCCCGCGCGCCGCCCGAGCCCUGCCGCCGCCAUCAUGAUCUGCCUAGUGCUGACCAUCUUCGCCAACCUCUUCCCGGCUGCCUACACCGGCGUGCACGAACGCACCUUCCUGGCCGUGAAGCCCGACGGCGUGCAGCGGCGGCUCGUGGGCGAGAUCGUUCGGCGCUUCGAGAGGAAGGGCUUCAAGCUGGUGGCGUUGAAGCUGGUGCAGGCCUCGGAGGAGCUGCUGCGCGAGCACUACGCCGAGCUGCGCGAGCGCCCAUUCUACGGGCGCCUGGUCACGUACAUGGGCUCUGGGCCGGUGGUGGCCAUGGUGUGGCAGGGUCUGGACGUUGUGCGCGCUUCGCGGGCGCUCAUCGGGGCCACGAACCCGGCCGACGCCGCGCCCGGCACCAUCCGCGGCGAUUUCUGCGUCGAGGUCGGCAAGAACGUGAUUCACGGCAGCGACUCGGUGGAGAGCGCCCGUCGCGAGAUAGCGCUUUGGUUCCGCGCGGAAGAGCUCAUGUGCUGGGAGGACAGUGCCGGGCACUGGCUGUACGAGUAGCUGGGUCGCUCGGGCAGAUGUGCCCUUCUGUAGUGGGCUGUGGGUGAUUCCGCACUCUCCAGGCUCCGGAGAUGUGCACACGUGUGGGCCCCACACCUAGGAGCUCAGAACACCCUUCCUGUGUCAGAGGGCACGGCAGCUUUCAGGACCACAGGAAGGCAGGUGGGUGCACACCCGUGGAGCUCUGGUUGCUACAGGCCUUCCUGCCCUAAGGUUCUCAGGAGGCCUGGUCCAGCCUGUGCCUGUUUACAGCAUAUCUGGAAAUGCGGCAGGGUGCCACCGUGGUCUUGGCUUGUCUCAGCAUUUCUUUUUAUAAUAAACUGAAGAAAAUUC